GAGUGCAGGUCCACCCCCAUGCACUCAUUUAUACACAGACCCGCAGCUGGCCUCAUCUGUACACAAGCUAGUGAUGCUAGAGACCACCUAAUGGAUACAACAGACAGAGGGCGACAUUACAAGGCUACAAGAUUCACUAGCUGCAUGGCUCGCGGUCAAAGCUGCGAUCUGACGAGCGUGUCCAGGUUGUCAUGACAACGGUCAGGGUUUGUCCGUUUCUCGGGAAAACGAGAGCAAGAGAGUGGAAAGGAGGGGUUGGUGGACGGGUGGAUGGAUGGGUGGCCUGGCGGAGCUGUGUACCACAACACGUCAUCAUCGAUUGCUGCGUUCGCUGGAUACCCAUUCUCUGCCUCGCACAUUCACCUGCCUCCCGACGCGUGUUACGUGGAUGCUGGAGGCUGAAAGGUCCGUGUACCUAGCUGGCAGACAUGAGGUAGUCACCACACAGGAAGCCUGAUCCUUGUCUUUGGUCUCUUCUUCAUCUUCCUGCUGGUUGUGACCGAGUCCCACCCUCGUACCCGUGUACAAGGCGACGGGGCUGGUAGGAAGCAGAGAGAAAGAGAUUUAGUGAGGAAGACGUGGAGCUGCGAGAUGUGGUUGCCUAGCGACCAUCAGGUGAGCAACGCGGCGCGAACGCCAGAAGAGGUCGCUUUUCUGCGGGCUGUGGAGUUCAGUGACGUCACAGCAGUACGCCGGCUGCUAGGGGACAACCCUCACCUCAACGUGGAUGCUAUCGAUGCUCUGGGCCGCACAGCGCUCCGCCUAGCGGUCAGGAACGAGAACCGUGAGCUAGUGGAGAUGCUGUUGGAGCGCUGCAGCAGCCAGAACAUCCACGAGGCGGCGCUGCAGGCCAUCAGCGAGGACCACACGUCCAUCGCGGAGCAGAUCCUGCGUCACGGCAACUACCUGGAGUUGUGCCGCAAGCGCCACAGGCUGGGCGACGUCGACGGCUUCUUCAAGACGGAGGUCGAAUCCCAGUUCUCCACCGACAUCACACCACUAAACCUCGCCGCACAGAAGAACAACUACGCCAUCGUGCAGCUGCUGCUGCUGAGAGGGGACAGCAUUCAAAAGCCUCACAAGUUUAGCUGUGGGUGUGUCGAGUGUCGCAACAGAAUGAAGUUUGACCAGCUGAGGAUGGCCAACUUCAGACUCAACGCCUACAGGGGUCUGGCCAGUGAGGCGUACAUCUCUCUGUCCAGCGAAGACCCUUUCCUUACCGCCUUCCAGCUGGCCAAGGAGCUUCGCACUUUGUCCAACGAAGAAAAACAUUUUAAAAAAGAGUACAAGGACCUGGCAAACAACCUAAGCAACUACCUGGUCAGCCUCCUGGACAAGGUUUGGACACAAAGUGAACUGGAAGUGGUACUGAACAAGGAUGAAAGUGCGGAGGCUGAUAAAAACGAAAACCUGUCCAGACUGAGGAUGGCGAUUGAUCAGAGGGAGAAAAAGUUUGUCGCCCACCCGAGUGUCCAGCAACACGUGGUGAGGAUCUGGCAUCAGGGUCUGGACGUCCUCGACACUGACAGGCUGCUCGUGCGUCUGGCCUGUCUGACCGGCCUCGUUCUUGUUUAUCCCUUCAUGGCGAUUGCACACCUCAUGUGUCCAGACUUCAAGAGGACAAAGCUGGCGAAACAGCCGAUGGUCAAGUUCAUGGGAAAUACUAUUUCAUUUUUCUUCUUUCUUCUUCUCAUCAUCCUCUCAAGCACGGAAUCGAUGAACAGAGUUUCCAACAAUAUCACACUGAACACACAGUACAAAGAAAUCGCCGAACAUUACCAGGACUACAGGAAGGCUUUGGGUUCUGACAUAGUUACAUUUGGAGAAGAUUUUCCUUUGAGACCGCGCGAGCCAACAAUGGUGGAGUUUCUUAUAACAAUCUGGAUCGCGGGGAUGCUUGUCCAGGAGCUCCAGCAGAUUGUCGAUGUCGGCGCUGGAAAACACUUCCACGACCUCUUCAACGUUCUUGACUUCUGCUUGCUGGUUGUCUACACCAGUGUCUUUGUUCUCGUCUACUGGACAAUGCACAAGUCCAAGUUAGCCAUUUCGGAGCUUCAAGGAAAAAAUGUGACAAUGCUGCUGGCUGACGGGAAGGGAACGUUACUGCACCUCUACUGGCUGAAUGAAGAUCGACUGCGGUGGGACCCCAUGGACCCCAUCAACAUUGCGGAGAGCUUGUUUGCCCUCGCCAACAUCCUGAGUUUCACCCGGAUUUGCUACCUGCUGCCGGCCAACGAGUCGCUGGGACCCAUGCAGAUCUCACUGGGACGUAUGAUCAACGAUAUCCUCCAGUUCGUAGUCUUUCUCUGCAUCGCCAUGGUGGCCUUCAUAGUCAGCCUCCGCAACUUGUAUUCCUUCUACACGGAGGAUGCACAAGGCAGCAAGAGAGCAGACGCUGCGUUUAAGACUUCCUAGCCACCUUUCGGACGGUGUUUUGGUGGAUCUACGGAAGAGGGUGAGCUGGACGCGCUGGACUCACCUGACAAGUACUACGAAACAGGACAGGUAGCCAAAGACACAGGUAACGUCAUAGCCGCCGUCUACCACAUCGCUAUCAUCCUCGUCCUCUUCAACCUGCUCAUCGCCAUGAUGGCGCGUUCGUUUGAGAAAACACUCUGGGAUGUGGACUGUGAGUGGAAGUUUGCGCGCACCCUGUUGUACAUGGAGUUUAUCUCCCCUGGUCGUGUACUUCCGGUACCUUUGAACUUACUGGAGCUAUUGCGUGACUUCAUCCAUUGGCUGGUCCAGUGCGCGCGGCGCCCCCCGGCGGGCACCCAAGAGUCUCCAGUCAAGCCCGCGCCAAGGGAAAGACGACUCGCGUACUACAACAUCACCCAAGACAUUCAAGCAAUGAGUAAAGAGAGUGGACUGGACUUCGGUGAACUCAGUCAGUCCUCACACUCGGCAAGUGUCAGCGACAGAAUAUACAAGGACACCAUACAAAUCCUUGUCCAUCGCUACAUCUUUGACAUACAGCGAGAAAUGGAGGUCGGGGCAGACGAUGCAAACGUUCUUCGUCAAACUAUCACUUGCACCAAAGCCGAACUUGUAGAAAUGAUGGAGUCGAAGGUCAAUCAGCCAAGGAGCUAUCGGAGAUCCUCAAGAUGGCGUUCUCCAAGACCUUUAUCCUUGGCAGAACAGCGCACAGUAGCUGCAGUGAGAGGCUCGGAGACGUAAACGAAGAGGAGGAAGACGAUGAUAAGAGAACAAAUUCCACGGGAAACGAGGAGUGAGAUUUGAAGGGGUCCAGCUACCAUUAUUUGUAAACCUCAUGGACUCAAGGUUCGACUUUGGUCUUACCUGCGUUGAGCCAGUAGAUGGAGUGCUCGAUGGAGGUGUCGUUCAGUGGUGUCGUCGUUUCGUUGAACGCCGUCAGCGCGG